AAAGCUGUCUAAUUGAAAAAAUUUAUAAUAAAACAGGAGUAACUGAAGACUUUGAAAGCUGUCUAAUUGAAAAAUUUUAUAAUAAAACAGGAGUAACUGAAGAUUUGGAAAGCUGCCUGAUUGUUGAAAAAAAUUAUAAUAAAAUAGGAUUAACUGAAGAUUCAAAAAGCUGUAUGAUUAUUGAAAAAAAUUAUAAUAAAACAGGAUUAACUGAAAACUUAGAAAACUGCUUAAUUUCUAAUACAAAAAUAAAUGAAAGUGAUUCAAAAAAUAUUAAUAAACGACCAAUUGCAUUAGAAGAAUUAUUUACAGAAUCAUACAACAAAAAAACUAAAAUUGAAUCUAAUAAUAAUUUGUAUAAAAAAGAUUAG